CCUCUCUCUCUCUCUCUCUAUAAAUACACACGAAAAUCUUGUAUUGAUUCGCACAGUAGAAAUUUGAAAAACAAAGUUACAGACUUAUACAGGAAAAAUGCAAGAAACUAAUGUAUUCAAUGUUGUCAAUGAUCCUCGUCCGGUGGUGCGGAAGUUCCUGGCGAGGCCUCAACAUGAAGGAGUUGGAGCCAUUGUCCGAAGAAGCAUAGGAAGGUUUGAGCUGAAAUACUUUGAUCCUUUCCUUGUUUUAGAUGAAUUCUCAGUUUCUGCUCCUGCUGGGUUUCCUGAUCAUCCACACAGAGGAUUUGAAACAGUCACCUACAUGUUACAGGGAGCUGUAACACAUGAAGAUUUUGAGGGACAUAAAGGGACCAUUGAAGCUGGUGACUUACAGUGGAUGACUGCUGGAAGAGGAAUUGUUCACUCAGAAAUGCCUGCAGCACAGGGAACUCAAAAGGGCUUACAGUUGUGGAUCAACCUCUCAUCCAAACAUAAAAUGAUUGAGCCAAGGUAUCAAGAAAUAACAAGCAAGGACAUAGCAGAAGCUGCUAAAGAUGGGGUAAAGGUGAGAGUUAUAGCAGGAGAGGCAUUGGGAACCAAGUCAGAAGUAUACACAAGGACCCCCACCAUGUACCUGGACUUCACACUAAAACCAGGAGCUCAUCUUCUCCAACCCAUCCCACUACCUUGGAAUGCUUUUGUAUACAUCUUAGAAGGUGAGGGAGUGUUUGGCAACUCAAAAUCUUUGCCAAUCACAGCCCACCAUAUUCUACUUCUAGGCUCUGGUGAUGGCUUGGAGGCAUGUAACAAGUCUUCCAAGGCUCUAAGGUUCAUUUUAGUUGCGGGUCAACCGUUGGGUGAACCAGUCGUACAAUUCGGGCCUUUUGUGAUGAAUAGUCAAGAGGAGAUUGACCAAACUGUUGAAGAUUUUGAGAAUUACACUAAUGGGUUUGAGAAAGCUAGGCAAUGGAGAUCUGAAACCACCCUUGAUCUUGAUUUUUAGUACAUUUCUUUUUAUCUACAAAAGUUAUUAUUUUAUUUAAAUUAAAGGGCGUAUUCGGCAGCAUUGUAGAAUUUGGGAAUUGUUAGAUGUAUGCAACUUUACCUUACCAGCAGUGAGGCUAUUUUCGCAUUUAAAUUAAGAAAAAAAAAUGUAUUAUGUCUCAUGAUGUAGUUCAUGUACACUUAUCAAAUGAUUAUUAUCAUGGUUUAGGCAUGUUGCCAU